AUGAGUAUGUCACUAAGCAAAAGUUUAUAUGAUGUUGCUUUAGUAUCAAAUUCUUUUUGUAAAGUUAUACGAGGAUCAUCAAAUAUUUUGAUCACUGAUUUAUCAAAUUUUUAUAAUAAAAGUUUUAUAACUAAACCUAUACGAGAUCAAUUAGAAAAUGAAUCAAUCAAUGAAAUGUAUAGAGAUUUACAUAUAAUGUCUGAAAAUGUUAAACAAUAUAAUAAUCAGCCAUCAUCAUCACAACCAAACUCAACAUCAAAUGCGUUUAAUUCACAACAAAAGCGUGCUUACUCAACAAAAUCAUAUUUUCCAGAAGAAAUGAUUGAAGAAGCGACUAAUCAAGUCACAUCUACAUCUUCUACUCCCACAGUUUGUGAAGAAAAACCAAAAAUGAAAAAUUUUGAAAUGUCAUCAAGUGAAAUUCCAAGUUCAAGAUUAGCUAGAAUCUUUCAUUAUGGUAGUUUAGCUGCUGGUAUGAGUAUAAAUGCUGCUACCGAAGGUUUAAAACAUUAUGCAAGUGGUAAUUCAACUCCAAUUACAAUGAAGUCAUUAUUUUUAUCACCACAAAAUAUUGAACGAAUGGCUAAAAAAUUUAGUAAAAUGAGAGGUGCUGCUUUAAAAAUUGGUCAAAUGUUAUCGUUACAAGAUUCUUCAAUAUUACCAAAAGAAAUUCAACAAAUUUUAUUAAGAGUUCAAAAUUCGGCUCAUUAUAUGCCACCAGGUCAAUUAGAAAGAGUUAUGGUUAAAGAUUUAGGUAUUAAUUGGAGAGAAAGGCUAUUCACUUCGUUUGAUGAUGUUCCAAUUGCUGCUGCAUCAAUUGGUCAAGUUCAUACCGCUGUUGCUCAUGAUUUAACUCCAGUUGUUGUAAAAGUUCAAUAUCCUGGUGUUGUAAAUUCAAUUGAUUCUGAUUUAAAUAAUUUAUUAAUGUUAUUAACUGCUAGUUCAUUAUUACCACCAGGUUUAUUUUUGGAUAAAACUAUAGCAAAUGCAAGAAUUGAAUUAAAAUGGGAAUGUGAUUAUUUAAGAGAAGCUGAAAAUUUAGUUAGAAUGAGAGAUUUUUUGAAAGAUGAUGAUGCAUUUACUGUUCCAAGAGUUUUCCAUAAUUUAUGUGGUGAACAUGUUUUAACAAUGGAAAGAAUGAGAGGUACUGAAAUUGUUAAAGGUACUUGGUCACAAUCAACAAAAGAUUGGAUUGCAACAAAUAUUAUGAGAUUAUGUUUAUUAGAAAUUAAGAAAUUUAAAUUUAUGCAAACUGAUCCAAAUUGGGCAAAUUUUCUUUAUAAUGAAGAAACUAGAAAAAUUGAAUUGUUAGAUUUUGGUGCAGCAAGAGAUUUUAGUGAUAAUUUUAUUGUUAACUAUGGUCGUAUUUUAAGAGCUGCAGUUAAAAAAGAUCGUGAAAAAGUUGAAGAAAUUAGUUAUCAAUUGGGUUAUUUAACUGGUUUAGAAUCUCCACAAAUGAUUAAAGCUCAUGUUGAUUCAGUAAUGUGUUUAGGUGAAGCAUUUUCUCCAAUUAAUAACAAUGGACAACCAUUUAGUUUCAAAAAACAAACUAUAACAGAUAGAGUUAGAGGUAAUAUUGGAUUAAUGUUAAAUGAAAGAUUGACUCCACCACCAGAAGAAACUUAUUCAUUACAUAGAAAAUUAAGUGGUGUAUUUUUAUUAUGUGCUAGAUUAAAUGCAACUGUUCCAUGUGAAGAAUUGUUUAGAGAAAUUAUCGGAUAUGAAGAUUAG